AUGGCUCUAGAUCAGGUUCCUACGGAAUGCGAGAUAACACUGAAACUUAGCUCCCAAAAAAUAUUCAACAGCCUGUCCAAACAGAAAUCCUCGUUGGAAGACGGCGGAUACGACCUCGUGAAACGCGGGACCGCCUCUCUCAGAAUCGUCAUUAACCAACUAAGGCAAAGAAAGACACACUGUCGACUACACCUGUUGGAACAAGGAGACGACGAUACAGACUGGCAAGAGGCAAAAGCCAUGGUAAAUCAAAGAGACGAGGACGGAACCUCAGGCGGAACAAACGGCGUCAUGUGCCCGAGUCAGUUCAACGUCGCAGGAGUAAAAUUAUCCUCACUCACCCAAGCCAGUGCCUACAAAGCGAUACGGCACAUAAAGAAAGCGAAAGUGAAGCCCCGCCAGGCCACGCGGAGUAACCUAGAUGAGAUUGCAGACAGGAUCCAAGAAUCAGGGAACAUGCGGCCUGUCGACAGCGAAAUAUGGCGUGGAAUCUACUCACCACACAUAUCGAAGGAAUGCAGAAGCUUCAUAUGGAUGGCCAUCCACAACGGAUACAUGGUGGGAUCACAUUGGCUGCGGGGAUCCAUGUCUGCGGAGCUCCAAGAAAGGGCAAUCUGCGACCACCCGGACUGCCUAAUGAUCGACUCCAUGGACCAUAUCCUUUUCAGAUGCGAAGCGAUAGGUCAAAAAGUUGUCUGGGACUCGUUGAAGGAAAUAUGGAAUGAUGCGAACCUCACCCCGAGAGAAAUAAACUGGGGAUCCGUGUUCGCAAGCCCGCUGCUGCAACACGAAGGCGGAACGAAAAUAUCAACGGACGAGAAAAACCUCUGGACAAUCCUGUCCUCAGAAGCAGUGCACCUCAUCUGGAAACUUCGGUGUGAAAGGGUAAUCCGGAAUGAGAAGGCUGAGUUCUCGAAGGAGGAGGUAGCGGCACGUUGGAAAGCGUGCAUAAGCGCGAGACUCAACCUCGACCGCAGAACCGCGGCGCUUACAUCGCUACAGCUGUUUCCGAAAUGA